AUGAACAGCUUCAGCUUGGAAUAUGAUGAUGAAUAUCAGCUCACUUCACAAGCUCCCAACCAUUCAUAUACGACAUUUACAAACCAGGGUAGCUAUGCCUUCAGUGCUAUGCUACCCCAGGAUGCGGAUCUGCCUCUCCAGAACUUCGCACGAUCCCAGCCUUCGGACCUAGACGGACAAAGAUCUAAUGUCAUGCUCACAUACGAUGCGAUGCCGACCUCGGGUAUCUCAAUGCCUAUGAAUAUGAACGCUACCAACGCCUAUACCUACGAUAUCCCGGCCACCUACCCGGCCACCACCGGGGGGAUGCCUCCGCAGAUGGAUCAAUCACAGUUUCAGUCUACAUACUCGCUCUUCCCGCACGCCAUGGCGGUACCCCAUUUCCCCCAGCUCGCUCCGCCAGCCUUCUCGGGACCAUACAAUACGAGCACCGCUUCGAUAGCUAACUUCGAGGAUUCCGACUUUUCGGGUGGCAUGAGCGACUGGUCGCAGGCGCAGGUACAGGUGCAGCGGGCUCGUCGACAACCUCCGGAACGCCACCUGCCUACUGGCCAGCCGUACCGUGCAUUGCGGCCGGUGGCUAUUCAGCCAAAGAAGCCAGUUGCUGCCACAGAGGGUUUUUCGCCAGGGCUUGCAAAGCCCGAGAUUGGCAAGACUGAACAUACCGGCAUCUAUUCGACGACUGGCUUUGACGUGCUGGGAGCGUUGGGCCGCGUUGCUAUGCGGCGCAACCCUAAAAUUAACAUUGGCGCGGUCGAUCUCUCUUGCGCCUUCGUGAUGUGUGAUAUCUUAACUGAAGAUCAUCCAAUCGUCUACGUAUCAGAGGCGUUUGAACGAUUGACCGGCUAUACUAAAAAUGAAAUCGUUGGUCGGAAUUGUCGAUUUCUUCAAGCACCCGACGGUAGGAUCAGUGCUGGUGCUAAGCGGACCUUUGUUGAUGGACAGACUGUCUAUCGGCUACGGUCAACCAUCGACGACCGCAGUGAGAUACAGGCCAGUAUAAUUAACUACCGCAAGGGUGGACAACCCUUCAUGAAUCUCAUCACGAUGAUCCCCAUCCAGUGGGACUCGGAUGUUUACCGGUACUACGUCGGGUUCCAGGUUGAUCUGGUUGAAAAACCCGAUGCCGUGAGGGGAAGAAAUCCUGAUGGUAACUAUAACAUUAACUAUCGGCGUGAUCAACUGCCACAGUAUAUAGUCCCAUCACCAGAUGUAUACUCACGACCAGACCUCGGGUUGCGAUAUGGUCACGACGAAGUGACUACUAUUCUCAACGCCAUGAAUGCAGUUGGCAAUGAUGCCAACCGGCACUGCCUGGAUCGCAUUCUGGUUGAAAAUACAGAUGAUGUGAUCCAUGUGCUUUCAUUCAACGGUGAAUUCUUGUAUCUGUCGCCCUCUUGCCACAAGAUUCUAGAAUAUGACCCGGUGGAAUUGAUCGGCAAGACCCUGUCUACCAUCUGCCAUCCCAGUGAUAUUGGUCCUGUAAUUCGCGAAUUGCGGGCGAGCACGACAACCGCUACACUCAGUGUUGUGUAUCGCAUCAGACAAAAGCACCGAGGAUAUAUGUGGUUCGAAAGCCACGGCGCGUGGCACAUCGACCCGAACCAGGGCCGGAGACAUCUAGUCAUGACCGGGCGCCCGCGUCCCGUCUACACCUUGGAUCAGAUUGCCCGCCUGGGCUCACUCCCUGCGCUGGCCGAGAAUGACAUCUGGGCCAAGGUUUCCUUGUCUGGUGUCAUCCUUUUUAUUACUACCAAGGUGAAGCCGGUGCUCGGCCGCUCACCUGACGAUCUGAUUGGUAAAGGCCUACAAGAGUUCAUGCAGCCCGAGACUGGUGGCACUGCCACGAUCACACAAGCCCUGGAGGCAGCCUCUGGUGGACAAGGGCCUGGCAUGGCGACCGUUUUCGGUAGCGGCAAAGAAACGGGUGAGCCACCCUCAUUCAAACACCAAAUGUGGCAUAGGAAAGGCCAUGCCCUUUCAGCACAUACCACAUUGUACACCGGCGACGCAGCGAAGGGAACCAAGCCGAGCUUCCUCGUCGCCCAGAUACGAUUUGCUCGGCCAUUCCCUCCACCCGCCGCCAUCUCAGCGGCCGAAGACAAAAGCCUCACUACGCUUACCGUCGAUGACACCGUCCCGCCCCAACAGUACGGUGCCCUUGGUCAACGCAUGCCCGAGCUGUCGAACCUCAUCGGCCUCAACGGCCUGCCCACUGGCAACCGCAGCAGUUCAUCUUCCGCCGACCCCACAACCUUCUUUACAGAGCUCAAUCCCACCCGUGGAUCCAGCUGGCAGAUCGAGCUGCGCGAGCUAGAGAAGCAGAACGGCACCCUAGCCGAUGAAUUGCAACGCCUGGUGGCUCGCCGCAGGAAGCGCAAGCGCAAGCACGGCGCUAUGGCGGUCGAGAAGAUUUGUGCUAUGUGCAACACAAAGAACACCCCCGAGUGGCGGCGUGGUCCCAGUGGAAACCGGGAUCUUUGCAAUAGCUGUGGGCUGCGGUGGGCAAAGCAGAUCCGUAGCCAGGCGCAGGCGCAGGCUGCGGCUUCUUAG